CAUGGCGAUGUCCGGUAACAAUAGGAAGAAUGUGGUGGAAUCCAAAAUCAUUUCACGAUUACGGGCGGGACAUUCCAUUUGAACAUUCAGAGUCAUACUCAGAUCGCUCAUUGUCAACAGCUCCGAUCAAUUUCCCGACCAGUGGAGCAACUACACGCUGUAACAUCUUUCGAUAAUUUUUUCCAUUCGAUCUAAAACCUUGUGAAUUGCCGGCGAAACCCAUUAACAUCUUCAGAUCUACUUGCUUUCCAUAACUUUCUUAAUUUAUCAAUCGAUCAUAGCUUUUUUGUUCCACUACCCGACUUGAUAAUUGAAAUUCUAUAUCGAGGUGUCCAAUUCAGUGUCAAAUUAGUCAAAUUGGUAUUUUAAAACCCUAGUUUUUUGGGUUUCUCGCAAAAAUGCAGAGCUCGUCGACGAGCUCUGUCGCCCAGCCAAAAGCCAUAUUAGAUUGGCUUCAGAAGGAAAUGGGAUAUAGACCUCUAGGCCCUUACAUGGCUUCGAGUAAGGCAUCAAUGCCAUCAUCUGACGCAAUUCGUAGGGUUUGUCGUGGGAAUAUGAUCCCUGUUUUUAAUUUUCUAUUAAAAAGGGUUAAAUCGGUGAAGACGGUUAAUGAUAUACGGCGUAACAUCCUCGUCCAUGGUAGAGAAGACAACGCUAGUGGCCAUGACAUUACAGAAUCUAGCAAAAAUGGCGAGGUUGGGAAAGGGACUAGAGGAGCAAAGAGGAAAGAGAAACCAAAGGGAAGGAUUGAAAGCACGAAUGCAGGGGACAUCAAUAACAGAGAGACAGCUCUACAGGAAAGAGAUUCAGCUGAAAAGGAAGUGGAGAGGUUGAGGCGUAUUGUGAGACGCCAAAGGAAGGAGUUAAAGGCACGAAUGUUAGAGGUUUCACGUGAAGAGGCAGACCGCAAAAGAAUGCUUGAUGAACGAUCAAAUUACAGGCAUAAACAGGUGACAUUGGAAGCUUAUAAUCAACAGUGUGAUGAAGCAAUUAGAAUAUUCUCCCAGUAUCAUAAGCGUCUUUCUUCCUAUGUUAAUCAAGCAAAGGAUUCUCAGAGACUGGAGGCUGAUUCUUCCAAACAAGAAGACACAUUUCUAAAUGAAACGAACAAGGAAAGGAAUAUACGCAAGGCAUGUGAAUGGCUUGCAGUACAUAUGACAGAAAAGAUCCAUAAUUCCUUUCCUGCAUACGAAGGAAUUGGUAUUCAUUCAAACCCACAACAAGAAACUGCCAAGUUAGGGAUUGAUGUUGAUGGAGACAUACCUGAUGAAAUCCAAGAUGUGAUUCAUAACUGUCUCAAAAGUCCUCCUCAGUUGCUUCUAUCUUUAAUCACCUACACUCAAAAGCUGAAAUCUUUAAUUGCUAAAGAAACAGAGAAGAUUGACAUUAAAGCCGAUGCAGAAACAUUAAGGUACAGGUACGAGAACAACAGAGUAAUGGAUGCUUCCCCUGAUGCCAGCUCACCAUUACAGUUGCAACUUUAUGGUAAUGGUAAUAUUGCUUCAAAAGGAACUCAAAAUCAACUUCUUGAAAGACAGAAAGCACAUGUUCAACAAUUUGUGGCUACUGAAGAUCAACUCAAUAAAGCUGCAGAGGCUAAAAGUGCAUUCCAGAAACUUCAACAGCGUCUGUAUGGAAGUGAUGAUGAAGACUCUUUUUCACAGAACAUGAGUAGUCUCAGACAGUUGGAGCUGGAGGUGUGGGCCAUGGAAAGAGAAGCUGCUGGAUUAAAGGCGAGCUUGACCACUUUGAUGUCUGAAGUUCAGCGUUUGAACAUGUUGUGUGAAGAUAGAAAGGAAGCUGAAGAUUCUUUAAAGAAAAAGUGGAAGAAAAUUGAAGAAUUUGAUAGUAGAAGAUCAGAGCUUAAGUUCAUCUGUAACACUCUUAUGAAAGCAAACAUGGAUGCUGCUGCAUUCUGGAGUCAACAACCUUUGAUUGCAAGAGAGCAUGCAUCAAAUACCAUCAUUCCAGAAUGUGGAGUUGUUAUCAACAUAACAAACAACACAAAAGAUCUUAUUGAUAAAGAAGCUUCAGCCUUUUUUCGCAUACCUGAUAAUACUCUUUACAUGCUUCCAUCAACUCCACAAGCACUGUGGGAAUCCAUGAUUCCAAACGGGCCCACUGGACCUGAAGCAGUUGCUAUUGCAGAAAAGAAUGCCACUCUACUGACAGCAAGAGCUGGUGCAGGAGAUCCUUCUGCAAUUCCUUCCAUUUCCCGUGUUUCUGCAGCCCUUCAGUAUCCUGCAGGUGUGGAAGGUUCAGAAGCUAGCCUAGCAUCCGUAUUGGAAUCAAUGGAAUUUUGUUUAAAGUUGUGUGGGUCUGAGGCUUGUUUAUUGGAGGACUUAUCAAAUGCUAUAAAUAUGGUCCAUACAAAAAAGGAACUUGUUGAAAGUGGUCACACGUUAUUAAAUCAUGCUUAUCAUACUCAAAAAGAAUAUAAAGGGACAACAAAUUACUGUUUAGAUUUGGCUUCUGAACAAAUGGAGAUAGUUUCAGAAAAGUGGAUGCCUGAGUUAAAAAAUGGAGUUUCAAAUGCUCAGAAAUCACUGGAGGAUUGCAAAUAUGUUAGCGGUUUGCUUGAUGAAUGGUGGGAACAACCAGCAUCAACAGUUGUUGAUUGGGUAACUGUAGAUGGACAAAACGUUGCAGCUUGGCAUAAUCACGUGAAGCAACUUCUUACAUUUUAUGACAGCGAACUUCUGUAGCCUUUUUGCUUCA